AUGGUAGCAACGGCAAAGGGAGAUGCUGGACCAGUUUUGGAAUACUUUCAGAAAAAGAAAGAAGAAAAUUCAUCAAUUUUUUAUUCAAUGCAACUCGAUGUAGACGAUAUGAUCACUAAUAUCUUCUGGGUGGAUGAUCGGUCUAUAAGCGAUUUCAAUCUCUUUGGAGAUGUCAUUUGUUUUGACACAACUUAUAAGACCAAUGAGUAUGAUAGACCGUUUGCUCCAUUUGUCGGGGUCAAUCAUCAUAAGCAAACUGUUGUGUUCGGAGCUGCUCUCUUAUAUGAUGAAACCACUGAGUCUUUUAAGUGGCUUUUUGAGACUUUUCUUGGAGCAAUGUCUGGAAAACAACCAAAAACAAUUCUUACAGACCAGUCUGCAGCAAUGGCGAAUGCAAUAGUGAAGUGUGUAUAUGACCAUGAGGAAGAAGAAGACUGGUUAUUGGCGUGGAGUGAUACGCUUAAUAAGCAUAAAUUGACAGAUAAUAAAUGGCUGAAGAAUUUGUUUGAGGUGAAAGAAAAAUGGGCAAUGGUAUAUGGCCGUCAUACUCUUACAGCCGAUUCGGUGAGCACACAGCGUAGCAAAAGUAUGAAUAGUAUUUUGAAAAGAUACUUGAGGAGGAGUUUUGACUUGUUGACCUUCUUUAAACACUAUGAAAGAGCGUUGGAUGAUAGGAGGUAUAAAGAAUUAGUUGCUGACUUCGGUAUGAUGCAUACUUUGCCGGUAUUAGUUGCUUCUGUAAAGAUGUUGCAGCAUGCAGAAGAAGUGUAUACCCCAGAAGUGUUUACCUUGUUCCAAAAAGAAUACACGGUCAUUGGUGAUUAUGUUGCAAAAAAGACCAGUAAGUAUGAGAUGGUGUAUGAAUACAAUGUAUCUUACCGUGGUGUGGCACGAGAGCAUUUGGUUAAGGAUGAUGCUGCAAACCAAACGAUACAUUGUAGUUGCAUGAAGUUUUCAUUUGAUGGGUUCUUAUGCCUGCAUGCAUUGAAAGUGUUGAACAAAAAGAAUGUUAGAAGAAUUCCACCUACUUACAUUUUGAAUCGAUGGAGUAAAGAGGCAAAAGCAUGA